AGUCAGUGUCGCAGCUUUGCCGCUUCAUCAGUAGAGCGCCGAGCGCUAGCUGCUAGUUCGUCCAGCUCUCUUAGGAAUCUAAUUAGAAACAAAUUCGUCGGUUUAUCGAUCUGUUGCUCGUUAGAUCUCCCUGACAAAAAACCUUCACAUCAUGGGUAAACGCCGUUCAUCAUUGGUGGCCGUUCAUGCCGACAAGAACGCGCAGCAGGGAUCUGUUCCCGCUUCGGGGAUCUUCAUACUGGUCGCUGUGCUUGCUGCGAUCUCUGCGGUAUGGAUCAACGAAUUCAUGAUUGAUGAAUCAGAAAUCGGAGAGACCACCGUCUACAGAACGGGGGGUGCUGGACGAUCUGGCAGCUCUCGCAAGAUCCAUUACGCCGUUCCCGCCGUGAGUUCGCUGAAAGACUGUGAGAAAAUCCUGUCGGAAGCUCUGAAAGACUACGUGGAAAAGCAAGCAGCCGUAGCAGCCAUCGACGAUGACGAUGAUGAAGAUGAGAAGCCCAGGAAGAAGGCUUCCAAGAAGUCUAAGAAGGAUGAUGAUUCCGCCGAGGAAGUGAAAGCACCGAAGAAAGAUAGCGGCAAGAAGAAAUCGAAAAAAUGAAGAGCUUCUCAACGAAUUGAGUUGAUCGUUCUCCCGUGAAACUCUCUUAAUAGGUGACCGGAAUAUGAGUGUCGCAUUCAUUUUGAAUAUGACCCCAUGAUCCGGAAUAAAUAUCCAUCUUCUCAGCUGUCUCUGUGGAAGCUGAGGAGAGCUUCCACAUUCUUCAGUUCCCAUAUCGGAGACCAAUGAUAGAAAUAUGAAGUGCACGAAAAGAUUGCUUUGCGGGAAAACGGUCGGAGAUACGUCUUUUUCUACACCCGUGCUGAAUGAGAGAAUCAAUUUGGAUGUAAAGUUUAUAUUAAAACGACGAAGAA